AGAUAACAAGUCCGGCCAAAUGACGCCCCUCGGCGCAUGCGUCAUUGUAAAACUUUCCUUCUUUCUCUCCUCUUGCUUUCCUAUAUAUUUCCGAGCUGGAAAUAAAGGCUCGUUGUUUUGCCCUGCCACAUCGACUGAUUUCCUUGUCACCGCGGCCGGCCUAUGGCCGGUAGAACGUAACAGUGGCGACGAGAAUUCUACAGCAUCAAGAAGGCCAGCAUAUGCCCACAAGCGACGGCCUGCAGAACGAACCCACCAGCCAUGGCACACCAGCUACCGGAAUUCGAAGACGCGAAAGAUAAGUGGCAGGCGUACUUGGUAAAGGUGGAGGCCUACUUUGAAGCUAAUGAUAUGAAGGACGAUGCUAAGAAGAGGGCCCUGCUGGUAGCCGCGCUUGGAACAAAGACAAUUGAAAUCUUGAACGGGAAAGUAGCGCCGCAGAAACCUAAUGCUCUGACCUACGCGGAAGUUGUGCAGACGUUAAACAGCUACUACGACCCAGUGCCGAAUGAAAUUUCUGAAAGCUUCAAAUUCUUCCAUCGCUGCCAGCAAGAAGGGGAGUCUGUGCAUGCAUUUAUUGUGGCAAUUCGACAGAUGGCCCAGAAUUGCAACUUUUCGACGAUGCUGGACAGAAUGAUAAGGGACCGUAUUGUGUGUGGAGUCAGGUCCAAGAAUUUGCAAAAGCAGCUGCUAGCAAAGAAAGACCUUAAUCUUCAAGAAGCCGAGGCCCUUGCCCUGGCCGCAGAAAGCGCCGAACGCGAUUCGCAAGGUAUUACUUCGGACAAAGAGCAAGCGAGUUUGCUUAAGUUGAGUGCUCAAUAUGAGUCGCGCGCGAAGACGGCGGGUGUACAACAAUGCAAUUGUUGUGGGAAGCAUGGUCACAGAACCAAUGCUUGUCGCCUAAUCAAGCGCAGAUGCUUCAAAUGUACACGGCGAGGGCAUUUAGCCAGAAUGUGCGCGGUGAACGACAAAACAAGCAGAAUGCUAGCAGUGACAGCACAGGCGACAGAAACGGAAGACAGUGAUAACAGUGCGUCGCAGAUUUGGUCGUUGACCACUAAGCGCUCGCUCAUACCCCCUAUAAGAAAGGAAUUCGCGUGGAACGGCAUUCAAGUAACGAUGGACAUCGAUAUGGGCUCGCCUGUUUGCGUCAUUCCUAAGAGCAUCUACGAGGUGUACUGUCAUCAGUGGCCGCAGCUAGAGAAGUCGAAACUACAGCUUUCAUGCUACCUGGGAAGACUUCCGCUUCUCGGCGCAAUAACAAUGCCGGUUUCCUACGAAGGUACAACAGUGCGAUGUACUUUGACUGUUUUAGACUGCGAUGGGCCCAGUCUUUGCGGUCGGGAUCUGCUGAAAAAAUUAACAGACGAACGUAUCCAGGUUCUCAACGUGUAUCCGCAGCCUUCAAGGUCAAGCCAAGCCCAGGAGGUCAUUCCGAAGCUGCUCCAGAAAAACGCUGACCUUUUCACUGAGGGCACUGGUAUCAUGAAAGGUCCGCCGGCCCGACUGCAUAUCAAGACCGGAUCAACCCCCAAGUUUUUCAAGGAGCCGGAAGCAGAAACUGAAAACCUCACGGAAAUGGUGCUUCUCAUUGACCAGCUGGACGAGCCCGCGGUUUCGCACAAAGAACUUCAAGCACUCACAGAAGCGGACGCCGUUUUACAAGAAGUAUGUAGGUACGUGACUGAAGGAUGGCCUUCCGUCGCGGGUGACAGCAGAGAAAUGGUCGAAUACUGGAAAAGGCGACAUGAGUUGUCUGUCGAGAAGGGCAUGUUAUUCUGGGGCCAUCGGGUAGUGAUACCAAGAACGGCGCGUGAGAAGCUAUUGAAAUUGUUGCACGAGUCUCAUCAGGGAGCGUCCACCAUGAAGACAAGGGCAAGGGCUAGCUUUUGGUGGCCAGGUUUGGAUCAAGACAUCCAGAGGGCCGCUUCAGACUGCAGAAAUUGUGUGCAAGCUUUGCCUAUGCCCCCGGAACGGAACCGCGUCAGUUGGCCAAUUUCGCGUGAGAGGUGGUCGCGGUUGCACGCAGAUUACGCAGGACCUAUUGCCAACAAAAUGCUGUUGGUAAUCGUGGAUGCACACAGCAAUUGGAUAGAAGCUGUUCCAGUAUCGCGAGCAACCGCUAAUGCAACGGUGGAUUCUAUGCGAACCUUGUUCAGCCGGUUUGGAUUACCGCGCACCAUAGUUACCGACAACGGCACGCCUUUUACAGGGGCAGAAUUUGCUCAGUUUGUGCAGAAAAAUGGAAUCGAGCACAUUCGUACCCCGCCUUACCACCCUCAAAGCAAUGGGCUCGCAGAACGCGCCGUGCGAACCCUUAAGGAUGGGUUGAAGAGAAUGCCCGGAGUAGAACUGUCAACGGCUCUGUCAAGAAUUCUUUGUAACUAUAGGAAUUCGCCACAAGCUUCAGGGGUUUCGCCGUCUGAACUACUUUUGGGCUACCGUUUGCGUACUAGACUGGAUAUUUGCUUUCCUCCCAGGAACCACGAAUUGCCGAAGAAUCCAGGUGCUGAGUCUGCGAGUUGGUACUUCGCUCCUGGAGAUGCCGUCUAUGUGCGCAACUACGGUGUUGGAGACAAGUGGACGCCAGGCAGAGUGAAAUCGACGAGUGGGGCACGUCUCGUCACUGUAGCUACGGAAGACGGCGUCGUCCGACGUCAUGUCGACCAGGUGUGAAAACGUUCAUCCGACACAGGUGCAAGCCGAGAAACAUCGACUCCAGAAGAACCGCCACCCGAGGGACAACACCGAACGACCCAGGAUGCCCCGAAAUGCGAAGCGGAUGACCUUUCCGAAAGCCCUGUCCCCGAGUUACGUCGGUCCACAAGAAUCAGAAAGCCCGUGGAACGCUACGGCUACUAGGGGGAAGGAAUGCUGCAGAUAACAAGUCCGGCCAAAUGACGCCCCUCGGCGCAUGCGUCAUUGUAAAACUUUCCUUCUUUCUCUCCUCUUGCUUUCCUAUAUAUUUCCGAGCUGGAAAUAAAGGCUCGUUGUUUUGCCCUGCCA